AUGGAGCUCCGGGACGCUGGCCGCACCACGCAGCGUGAGCAGCGGGUGCCCAUCGUCCCCCCGCGGAUGGCCAUGCCCAUCUGGGAGGGUGUCUCCAACUACAUCCUGGAGAAGCUGGUGCUGAACAAGGACAUGCGAAUUAUUCCCCUUGCCACCUUCAGUGUUGUUACAAAACAAGUCGUUGCUGGCAAGAAUGGUCCUCUGACUGUUCGGAGACCCGCAUUUCGCCUCUCAAGCAACCUUAUGGAUCUUCAGGGCCUCAGCCAUGAGGAGGCCUCUGUUGCUGGGCGCAGGAAAGCUGAGACCCUGAAGUAUCCUCACGUAGCCGUGGCCAUCUCCGUGCCUUGGAAAACAGUGGUGGCCUGUGUGGAGGAGACCGUGUACCUUCUGUCUUGCUGCCUGGCCAAUGGGAAGAACGUGGCCCUUCUUUUCAAGGACACUGGCGUGCUUCUCAUUGAAGGCAAAGAGGUGACAAUGCGGUUUUACAGAGGCUUUCUGCGCAGGCUGAAUGACUCUCCACAGCUGCUCAAAGCUCUUCUGGACAUGCUGGAGAUGAGAGACUCGAUCCUUGCAGCCACCAAAGCCCUCGAUGUCCAGGCCCGUACUCCCCGUCGCCAUAUGUUUCCAACCGGCCAGCGGUGCUUUUAUUCCUCCCUGCUCCUCAUGACAAUGGCGGCAGAACAGAUUCCUGCAGCUUCGCUCCUUGACAGGACUGUGAAGAUUAGGAGGGAGGCUGAAGAGCGGAAAGUGGUCUGGGCCUGGGGCCUCCUUAAUAUGUCUGUUGGGGGGAUGAUAUAUACUGACAUGACUGGAAAACUUAUAAGUUCCUAUUACAACAUCGCAUUUUGGCCACUCUGGUAUAUUGAGCUUGCGCUUGUGUCCCUGUUCAGUCUGAAUGCCUUAUUUGAUUUUUGGAUGUACUUCAAGUACACAAUGGCACCAACUACCUUGGUCAUGACUCGUAGACAGCAGAUCCUUCUAGGGAUGCAGAAUGCAGCGGUACAAAUAAUUCCAGCACAUGAGCUGGCAGCGAAGAAAGUCCCUUCUUCUACGCCUUCUCCUAGAGUCCAGGGUCAAACUGUGCUGAGUUACAGCCCAUCCCGGCCCUUCAGGGCCAGUCCAAAGUUUACUUCUGGUUGUAUCUCAGGGUACAGCCCUCAGCGGCAGGCUCUGUCAAGCAAUAGUGCUUCUUAUAGCAGUGCUUUAACCUAUUCACCAAGCAGCAGCUACAGUAAGGUUUCCAGCUUCAGCUCUUCUCCUACUGGUUCACCAUUUGCCUCAAGUGUUGGGCCAGUGGAAAGCACCGGGCUAAGGUCUCGUUGCCACUUUUCACCAAUGCGGUAUAAUUCCCGUAUGAGUCAAGAUGAUGAAAUCACAGACCGCAAGUCACUGCAAAAGUACCUUCGAAGCGAAGAAGAGAAACAGCGUAGACUUCAAUUGGCAAGUUCAUGUUCCAGCUCUCCUUCCAGCAGCCCAACCUUUUGGAACUACAGCCAUUCCUUAGUAGAGCAAGCACAGGUGCUGAGAAAGUACCAGUAUCAGGUGGCUUGCAUGCCCCAAGCUCCAUCAGCACACAAGGACGAAGCUCGUCUGAGCUCUCCACUGACUGCAGAAGAAGUUUGGGCAAGGGUGAUUGUGAAUCGACGACAGCUUGAUUACCUAGAUUCCUGGACCGCUAGGUUCAGAAGUUGGAUUAAUGAGACUAUUUUAGUGCCACUUGUACAAGAGAUUGAGUCUGUGAGCAGUCAGCUGAGAAGAAUGGGGUACCCAGAAAUGCAGGUUGGAGAAGCCAGCAUCAGCAAUCUGAAACAAGCAGCGCUUGUUAAAGCUCCAGUCAUGCCAACUCUGUACGCUAUAAUGCAGUAUUUGGAUAUUGCAGCGAAUCAAGAGUAUUUGGUUGAAAGGAUCAAAGAGCUUUCUCAGGGAGGAUACAUGAGCUCAUUCCGAUGGAACAGAGGAGGAGAUUUCAAGGGCCGUAAGUGAGAUGCUGACUUGCCCACUGACUGUGCUAUCCUUAUGCACAUAUUCUGCACUUACCUCGAUGCCAGACUGCCCCCUAGCCCCAAAUACCCCGAUGGCAAAACCUUCACUGCCCUACACUUUGUUCAAACACCAGAUAAACCAGACAUUACAAAUGAAAAUGUAUUUUGCAUCUACCAAAGCAACAUCAAUCCACCCCACUAUGAGCUGAUCUACCACCGCCAGGUCUACAAUCUGCCCGAGGGCAGAAACAACAUGUUCCAUACAUUGCUUAUGUUUCUGUACAUCAUAAAGACAAAAGAAUCUGGGAUGCUUGGGCGAGUGAAUUUUGGUGCAUCAGGAGUCAACGUUCUAGGGGUGUUUGGAGAGUAA